UUGUAAAAAUAAACGUCAAGUGACACAAAAGUGAGGUUAUGUCCAAAUUUGUUUAUAAAUAAUAACAUCUGCUAAAAAAAAGCAGCGUUAAUAUAUGUGUAUUCGACUGUGUAUAUUUGAUCGAAACAUACCGCGUGAGGAUCUGAUUAAUAUAGGUGAAUAUAGAAUGUGUGUUGUACGGGGAGGUGAAGUUAUGUGGAUGUUAAUUUGUAAUUAAUUCGGGCUUUGCCGUUAGUAAAGACACCAUAACAUUGAAAAAUAUAUGAACUCUGGUCCAUUUUAAUGAAAAAUCUAUGUUUUCCUAAGUUUUUCUGCUCAAAAUUGAAUAAUAUUGAAAAGUGAGGUUAAGCCUACAAAGUUUUUGAGCCUUUGAACGCACGUAACAGUUGGAUUUAGUCUACCACUACACAGUUAAAUCACAUACGAAGACCUCCAAGUGUCCUUAACUCCUUACCAAAGCACAGAUUUGACUACUUGGUGACGUUGGUGAAACUGAGGUUAUAUUUCCAAGUAAUAGUUGCCAGAUUUUUGAUUUGUCGUUUCAAGAUUAAGAACACUAUAAUGGCUAAUAAGCAAUAUGGUCUCAUUGUUCCUUCAAAAGACAAAACCGUCAUCCAACGCCCCUCGAUUUUUGACGAUUCCGAUUCCGAGGAAUCUGUCCCCACGGGAUUGAAACGAACUCUUAAAAAACAGGACAAAAUUACUCGGCACAAAGCGAUUGAAGAGGACCCUACUGUAUUUCAAUACGACGAAAUUUACGACGAAAUGGAUAAAAAACGAAAGGAAUCAAAACUGAGUCGGAAAGAUCUUGACCGAAAACCCAAAUAUAUAAGCAGAUUGUUGGCUGCUGCUGAUCGUCGCAAGAAAGAAAAUGAAAGGAGAAUCGAAAGACAAGUUCAGAAGGAGAGGGAGACUGAAGGUGAUGAGUUUAAAGACAAAGAAGCGUUUGUUACUAGUAGUUAUAAGAAAAAGUUGGAAGAAAUGAAGGAAAUGGAGGAACAAGAGAAGAGAGAAGAGUAUUUGGAGUCAAUUGGAGAUGUGCGAAAGCAGGGGAAUUUAGAUGGGUUCUAUCGACAUUUGUAUGACCAGAAGGUAAAUUAUGAAGACAAAGGCAAUGAAGGGGAAACUGCUGCAACAAAGGAAGAAAAAGAUAAGAACGAGCGAAAAUAUAGGAAACACAAGGAAGAAUCAGAGAGUGACAAAAGUGAUACUGAAGAAACGAAAAUGGAACACAUGCCAUCAAAUUUGGAUGCAGAUUCAGACUUCAGUAUUGAUUCUUCUGAUUCAGAAGAACCUGAAGAGAAGAAAAAUGAGAAUGAAGAUGUCAUUGUGAAAACAGAAAAUGUGAAAGAAGAGCCAAAUAUAAAUGAAGAAUCAAAAAAGAAUGAAGAUCCUCCUGAAAGUAUUGAAGAACCAGUUCCUGUUAAGAAACCAAAGAUUGACAUAUGGAAGAAACGCACAGUCGGUGAAGUGUUCCAUGCCGCUUUGCAACGAUACUUUGAAAGAAAAGCCCUUCGAGAACUUUAAUAAAGAUGCACAAUAAAGUAAAGAAAAUGUUUAUUGUAAGUUAAAGAUAGAUAAACUAAACAUAAUUAUUUCA